AUGCCAAAAAGGGUGCUGUGUGGUUACGGGGUGGACCUUGACGCUGUCAGCUCAUGGAUCAAUGCCGCAGGCUUGGGACAGAGGAGCAACCCGACGGACGUCUCGCGAGGGUUGUUUGGAGCAACCGUGGGACUGGACCGGGUCUUGAAGCUUUUCAACCGGUACAACAUCAAGGCGACCUUUUUCAUCCCGGCGCAUACGCUUGAAUCCUUUCCAGAGCAGGUGGCCAAAGUUCGAGACGCCGGUCAUGAGAUUGGUCUCCACGGCUACACACACGAAUAUGUCGGGGAUCUGUCCGAAGAGCAAGAGCGCGACGUCCUCGAGAAGAGUAUCAGCGUGACCAAAGCCUUGACCGGGAAGCAUCCUCGUGGCUGGACGGGUCCUGCAUGGUCGACAUCGCCUCGAACCGUGGCACUAUUAGAGCAGUACGGUCUCCUCUACGACCAUUCUUUCAUGCACCAUGACUGCCAGGCGUAUUUUCUCCCAUAUCAUCCUUCUUAUGUCGAGACCGAUCUAAAUCUCAAGGCCACGGAGUGGAUGAAGCCGAUGUCGAGGAUAAGGACUUCCAAAGUGGUCGAGAUCCCGGCAAACUGGCAUCUGGACGACUGGCCCCCGUUGAACAUCGGCCAAGGCGUCGGCAACGGAUUCGUCGACAUCGACGUCGUUUUCAAACUCUGGAAAGCGCAGUUCGACUUUUACUAUCGAGAAUAUGACGAAUUCAUCUUCCCCAUUACCAUGCAUCCUCAGGUUUCAGGCAAGGCCCAGGUCCAACUGCUGCAGGAACGAUUGAUCGAGUAUAUCAACUCGCACGAGGGAGUGCAAUGGGUGCCGCUAGAGGUCAUGGCUCGCGAGUUCGCUACGGGUGGCUUGGGCGGCCAUACGGUUUCCGGGGGGGUGCAGUUGGAUUCCACAGAAGCAGAUGCAUGA